UUCCACAUUAUGUGGGUUCUGCACAACAUGUGAUAAAUUGUACUCAGAUAGUGAUGAAAAGUCUAAGCUGUUUUUGCGACAAUGAUUGUCUGCACUUUAAUAUCGGGAAGAUAAAUUAUGAACACAAGCUAAAACUUAAUAUGGAAGAUGUGUACACUGAUUCAGAAUCUGAGAAUAAAGCUGGACCUAGCUCUGCUGUAGUACAAGCUUAUAAUACUGGAGAUUAUAUUGUUGUAAAAUUACUUGGCAGAAAAAAUAUGGAAUACAGAUAUGUGAGCGUUAUUGACAAGAUUGAAGAAGAACAUGGCGAAAUCCGAGUCAUAUUCUUAAAGCUCUGCGAUAAUAAAGGCCAAUUAUUCAGAUAUGAUCAAGACGAUGUGGCAGACGUUACAAUUGACCAAGUGGUACAGAAGUUGCCCAUCCAAAUAUAG